AUGGCAACCCUCACACCUUCCCAUCUACCUACAUCUACCCACUACCACAGUCUCCCCAUCUACAUACAUCUACCCACUACAAACUCAACAUCUACCUACAUCUACCCACUACCACAUUCACCCCCUCUACCUACAUCUACCCACUAUCACAACCUCCCCAUCUACCCACAACCACAACCUCCCCAUCUGCCCACAACCACAACCUCUCCAUCUACCUACAUCUACCCACUACCACAACCUCCUCCAACAGCCUACAUCUACCCACUAGCACAACCUCCUCCAACAGCCUACAUCUGCCAACGACCACAACCUCCUCCAACAGCCUACAUCUACCCACUACCACAACCUCCUCCACCAGCCUACAUCUGCCCACUACCACAACCUCCUCCAACAGCCUACAUCUACCCACUACCACAACCUCCUCCAACAGCCUACAUCUGCCAACGACCACAACCUCCUCCAACAGCCUACAUUUACCCACUAACACAACCUCCUCCACCAGCCUACAUCUGCCCACAACCUCCCCCAACAGCCUACAUCCGCCAACGACCACAACCUCCUACACCAGCCUACAUCUACCCACUACCACAACCUCCUCCACCAGCCUACAUCUGCCCACUACCACAACCUCCUCCAACAGCCUACAUCUACCCACUACCACAACCUCCUCCAACAGCCUACAUCUGCAAACGACCACAACCUCCUCCAACAGCCUACAUUUACCCACUACCACAACCUCCUCCACCAGCCUACAUCUGCCCACAACCUCCCCCAACAGCCUACAUCUGCCAACGACCACAACCUCCUCCACCAGCCUACAUCUACCCACUACCACAACCUCCCCAAACAGCCUACAUCUGCCCACAACCUCCUCCAACAGCCUCCAUCUACCCACUACCACAACCUCCUCCAACAGCCUACAUCUACCCACUACCACAACCUCCUCCAACAGCCUACAUCUACCCACUACCACAACCUCCUCCAACAGCCUACAUCUACCCACUACUACAACCUCCUCCACCAGCCUACAUCUGCCCACAACCCCCUCCAACAGCCUACAUCUGCCAACGACCACAACCUCCUCCAACAGCCUACAUCUACCCACUACCACAACCUCCUCCACCAGCCUACAUCUGCCCACGACCUCCUCCAACAGCCUACAUCUACCCACUACCACAACCUUCUCCAACAGCCUACAUCUGCCCACUACCACAACCUCCUCCAACAGCCUACAUCUGCCCACUACCACGACCUCCUCCAACAGCCUACAUCUGCCCACUACCACAACCUCCCCCAACAGCCUACAUCUGCCCACGACCUCCUCCAACAGCCUACAUCUGCCCACUACCACAACCUCCCCCAACAGCCUACAUCUGCCCACGACCUCCUCCAACAGCCUACAUCUGCCCACGACCUCCUCCAACAGCCUACAUCUGCCCACGACCUCCUCCAACAGCCUACAUCUGCCCACGACCUCCUCCAACAGCCUACAUCUACCCACUACCACAACCUUCUCCAACAGCCUACAUCUGCCCACUACCACAACCUCCUCCAACAGCCUACAUCUGCCCACUACCACGACCUCCUCCAACAGCCUACAUCUGCCCACUACCACAACCUCCCCCAACAGCCUACAUCUGCCCACGACCUCCUCCAACAGCCUACAUCUGCCCACUACCACAACCUCCCCCAACAGCCUACAUCUGCCCACGACCUCCUCCAACAGCCUACAUCUGCCCACGACCUCCUCCAACAGCCUACAUCUGCCCACGACCACAACCUCCUCCAACACCCAAAAAUUACUUCCAGAUCAGUGCCCUGGCAAUCGUCAGGUUGGAGAUUGUAUCCGAAAGAUUGAGCUUUGAUUCUAAAGUAGGUAUCACCUGCUUGAUGAGCCAUCAGCAGAGAAUUAGAUCUCACCAGUUGAAGUAA